AAAACUGUAAAAAGUUUAGAUAAAGGCAUUAUCGAAUAUAAAAUAGAUGGUUACCUAAAAGCCCCUCUUCAACCUAUUCAAUAUGUAUCUUUUCUAUCUAUACUAUCUUCAACAAAUCAAUUUAUAACUGCAGAUGAAGCUAGUUCCUUACCUGUAUCGAUAAUAGAAUUAGAAGAACUGCCUCCAAAUAUAACAGUUCAAAGAAGUUCAUUAAAAAAGCAAAAUAUUGCUAAAGAUUGGCUUGAUGAACUAAAUUUAUUACUUAACAUUGCAUAUAAUCCUGAAAGAAGGCAUGAUUUCUUGGUUCAAAUUAUUGAAACAAAAAGAGAAAUUGAAGCUAAGAAAAAAGAAAGACAAAAAUUACAGAAACAUGCCACUGCUCAAGUCAAAAGUCAAGAAAAAAAAUGA